GGAUAUAACACUCAGGACUCAGUUCGGCCAAACACGGCGAUUAUGUCUCUACUUCAAUCUUAUGUUUCCGCUUCUCCGUUUUUUAUAUUGGAUAAAUCAAGUUGAAAUUUUCAUUUCGACUCAAUUAUUACUUGCUAUAAAUCUGUAAUUUAUACUGUUCUUCAAAUUGCGGUAUCGCAAUCGGACUAUUUCAUACUGAAAAAUUUAUGAUACUGAAAAUAACAGACACAUGAUUUUGUAAUUUUUAUAAACAAAUUAGUUGUAAAUAAAAUACAAUUUUUAGACCACGCACAAACAGAUUUUCGAAAGUUUUUGAUGUGCAAUUUUUGAAAAUUUUUUCUUGAUUUAUCUGUGGGUUUUUCAUGAUGGCACCUGAGAACACUUCACUACGAUUGUUAUAUUAGAGCAAUUUCAUGAAGCAAUAGAGUUAAAUGUUAACUAUUUUAUAAUUUUAUAAUACUAUGAAUACACAUUUCGGAGAGAAACUUAUUAACUACUAACUAAAAGCAAUCAUAAUUAGUAUUGAGUAAUCGAAUGAAUAAUUAUUUUACAAUAGAAUCCAUAACCUCUUUUAUUGUCUAUUUCUUUACUUUUGAAUUGUAAAAGAUGUAUUAAAAUGAAACAAUAAUUUUAAUUACCAUAUAAUUUCUUAUUCACAAUUAACAAAGAAAAAACAAUCGCAAUUGUUAGCAAUGGAUAUUGUACCAGGAACUGCGUCACUUCUGGAUGAACUCGAUAAAAAGCUUAUGGUGUUAUUGCGAGAUGGUAGAACACUAAUUGGUUAUUUGCGAAGUGUUGAUCAGUUCGCCAAUCUCGUCUUACAUCGAACAAUUGAAAGAAUUCAUGUUGGUAAAGAGUAUGGAGAUAUUCCACGUGGAGUAUUUAUUGUACGUGGUGAAAAUGUUGUUCUGUUAGGUGAAAUCGAUAGGGAUAAAGAAAAAGAUUUGCCAUUGUCUGAAGUGUCUGUUGAUGAUAUUUUGGAUGCGCAAAGAAGAGAACAGGAAUUGAAACAAGAUCAAGAACGUUUGAUGAAUAAAGCUUUAAAAGAAAGAGGUUUAUCAUAUAUACCGGAUUUGGGUCAUGAUGAUAUGUUUUGAUAUAUUUAUGUAUUUAUACUAUUGUUUAAUAUCUUUUUUAUUAGCGAUUCACCAUUAACUGUACCAUAAAAAUAAAAGCUAAUAUUUUUUCAAACAAAAAAUUCCAGCAGUUUAUGAAGUCAAAGCUUACAAAAAUUACGAAGUUAAUUAUUUCAGUAUUAAGGUAGUAGUUGCGGUGAUUAAUUUAAUGUAAAAUUUUUAUAAAAAUUCACUUGGUUGUUCUUUGAUUGACUACAAAUCAUAUGAGACUAAUCUGAGUAUUAUUGGCCACCCCAAUUUUAUGAAAAACGAUUUCAAAAUAUUGAAAUUUCAACACGGACUCUUAUAGAGAAUAACAAUUUACGGGCAUUUUUUUAAAAAUAAAAUCAAAACGCAAUGUAGGAUUUUUCUAAAAAUUUUGUAUGUUAUUAAAACAAAUUAUAAAUUACAUAAAAAAAAAAAUGAAAUGGAAUGAAAAUUAUUGAGCACAUUGUUUCUGAAAUAUAAUUUAUCAAAUCUUGAAACUUUUAAAAAAUUUUAAAGAUGUACCAAAACAGAAGUGCGAUGAGGCAACAGCGCUCAUAUUAUAGCCAGAUAGGCGCGGGGAAAUACAAACAGGUUCAUAAUAAAAAAAAUAUAACCAAUAAAUAAAAUUCAUUAAUUAAUCAAUAAAAUUAAAUUUUUGUAAAUUUAUGAAAGGGAAACGUUUUAUAAAUUUGUUUUCAAACAAAAUAAAAAUA